AUGUUUAGUCCAGCCCAAACGCUUCCCUAUGAGGAUGUCGCGAAACUUAAUCCCUUCUAUGAGGAAUAUAGAUCUUUCUGGAAUAUGUCCCCCAAGACAGAUGAUAUCACUCCCCCUUUUGAUACAUCAACAAACUCUUCGCGAUCAAUUGGUCCCAGGUCAGAAUCUGAUCAGUCUCUCUACUCCCCAGAAAUCUUGUCGCUUCCUCCGGCCAUGACCAGUCAGGUUGCAGUCUUGGAGUAUGAUAAUCCUUGCAAGCAACCCAUACUACCCGUGCAGGAACCCAUUCACAUCUGCGAGAAUGAGUCGUUCGGACUCGAUCACAUCGACAGCUCGCUUUGCCAGACACGGUCUUCGCACAAAAAGCUCUUUGGGAAAAACGGUUGGCUCGGAGGAACAGCAGACCUGGGAUACCAGUCGAGUGAGAAACACAAAUCAAAGAGUCUCAAAGAUCUGCGAAAGAAGAUAGUGGAUGGAUUUACCGAAGGCAUGGCGAAGGCCUCGCUGACAAUCAUUCAUGAACCCCGUGGCAUGGAAGAUCAACUACCACAAUCGACUACUCCUAUCUCACUGAAUCCUCCAAUACAAGCGAUGCUGUAUUCAGAACUGGAGGUCAUGAUAUGUGUCAGUGCAAAUGCAUUUCUCGUUCAACAAUAUCGUGAAGGUCGACUUUCAAAAGAAUCGAUCAAGAGAAUCAAGGACUACUGGGGAUCAAAGAACAGGCCAUCAGUCGUCGAGUUCCAGUUUGAUCAAGCCACCCAACAGCGCUUGAUCUCGGAAAACAAAAGGUCUUUGAGAUUUCAUGGAGAGAGCUCAACAAAUCCAGUCCUUCUCAGUUCCAACCUCCAUAACUGGAAAGCAAUUGUCAAGGAGAUGAGUAUUCGCACCUUCUGUGCUCCUGACAGUGUAAUCCGUAAGCACAUGCACGAUGUGUAUCAGCUCCUUGACAUGCUGGGAUCCCCCAUUGCCACUUUGGUUGUCUUCCAGAAACUGCACAUACGAGCACUGUCCUUGAUGGGGAACCACGUCGAGACAAUGGCCCCACGCAAAGCUUGUUUUCAGCUUUUGUUCUUGCGAGUGUUCUUCUUUCUCCACAUUGUAUUGGAUUUCGGUCGUUCACUUAGCUCCACCCUCAUAUAG